AUGAUAACUAUCGCUUUAUUUAUAAUUGCGAUUUGCGGUCUUUACUUCUACGGAAAAAGGAACCAUAACUAUUGGGAGUUGAAAGGUGUGAAACAUGAUAAGCCAUUGCCAUUAUUUGGAAACAAUGCGAGAAAUUAUUUUGUGCAAAUUAGCUUCUCGGAAAUGCUUAAUGAAUUUUAUUGGAAAUAUCCAAAUGAAAAUGUAGUGGGAUUUUAUCGAGCGUCUCGGCCAGAACUAAUAGUUCGUGAUCCGGAAAUAGUCAAAAAGAUACUUAUUUCGGAUUUUCAUUACUUUUAUCCGCGUGGUCUAAAUAACCACCAGGAUGACGUGGAACCUUUAUUACGUAAUCUUUUUUUUGCUGACGGAGACUUAUGGCGACUACUGCGACAGAGGAUGACGCCCGCCUUCACGAGCGGCAAGCUGAAGGCCAUGUUUCCGCUGAUCGUGGAGCGCGCAGAGAAGCUUCAAGCGCGCGCUCUGUCCGCCGCUACUACAGGGACAGAAAUCGACGCUCGCGAGCUCAUGGCUCGCUAUACAACGGACUUUAUAGGCGCCUGUGGCUUUGGACUUCAAACCGACUCACUUCAAGACGAGAAUUCUACUUUCAGAAAGCUUGGCGCUACUAUAUUUAAAAAAAGUCGCAAAGAUGUUAUAGUAUUUAUGUUAAAACAGAUAUUUCCCACUGUGUUUAAAAAUUUAAAAGUUCUUACUCGCGUGGAAAAACAAAUACUUCAUUUAUUGGACGAAGUUCUGAGACACAGGAAUUAUGAACCAUCAGGCAGAAAUGAUUUUAUAGAUCUCUUACUCGAGUGCAAGAAAAAAGGUACGAUAGUAGGUGAGUCUAUUGAAAGAACGAAACCAGACGGAAAGCCUGAAAUCGCGACGUUGGAGAUGGAUGUUGAAUUAAUGGCAGCACAAGUAUUUAUAUUCUUUGCGGCUGGAUUCGAGACGUCAUCCUCGGCGACUAGUACUACUCUCCACGAACUCGCUUACCACCCUGAAGUGCAGUCUAAAGUUCAUGAAGAGAUAGACAGAGUUUUAGCGAAGUACGAUAAUAAACUCAGCUAUGAUGCUAUUAAGGAGAUGACGUAUUUGGAGUGGGCAUUUAAAGAAGGAAUGAGAAUUUUCCCAUCACUAGGCUUUUUGAUUAGAGAAUGUGCACGGAAGUAUACUUUUGAGGAAAUGAAACUAACAGUAGACGAAGGAGUUAGAGUGUAUAUACCAGUACAAGCGAUGCAUAACGAUCCCAAAUAUUUCGAUAAUCCAAGUGAAUUUCGACCAGAAAGAUUUGAUCCAGCCAAUUUUGACGCAAAUAACAAAUACGUAUAUUUACCUUUUGGUGCUGGACCGCGUGCUUGCAUAGGGGAACGACUGGGACUGAUGCAGUCUUUAGCAGGGCUGGCAGCAAUAUUAGCGCAUUUUAGUGUUCGACCCGCACCUAGCACUAUUCGUCGUCCACUUGUUGAUCCUAAUUCGGGCAUUGUGCAAGCCGUGAAAGGAGGAGAAAGGCUGGGACUAAUGCAGUCAUUAGCAGGUCUUGCAGCUAUUUUGGCACGGUUUAGUGUUAAACCUGCACCUAGCACUAUUCGUCAUCCAGUAGUCGACCCCAAAUCUGGCAUUGUGCAAGCAGUUAAAGGAGGUCUACCGCUACUCUUUAUUGAAAGAAAGCCGUGAAAAUUAUUAUUCACAGUAGUAAUUUUACAAUAAUAAAUUUGUUAAGUUAAA